CAUGCAUAGGGUUUACCCAAACAAUAAUAUUAUAUAAGUAAUGUUUUACAAACGCCUAUAAAAUAGGGAAAGGCGACUAAUAAAGCAAAAUACUUAAAUUCUACCUAGAAAACUACAGUUAUAACACAAGACAAUUUAGUGGUAUUAAUUUGCAAAGCGUUUAUAAAAGAAGAAAUAUUCGUGGCACUUCUGUAAGUUUGUUUAAAUCUAUUUAGCACAUAAUAAUAAUAUUUUGAUUAUGAACAACACGUAACUUCCCGAAAUCCAAUACGGGCCUAGAAUGUUCCAUAUGACAGUCAUAACAUUGCAUGGUUGCGAUCGUCAUUAAGGACUAAUAGACAAUGUUUCUAAUUUAAACAAUGGAGUUUCUAUGUCAUAUAUCAGCGGCGUUCGUCAUUAAUGUUUGUUUAUUUGCGGCAGAUAAGCAAUUCGGGUAAUCCCAUGUUAUCAGAUUCCUUCAUUUUUUAAUUUAAAUAGCAGGAGUUUCAAGUUGUAAAUCAGAACGCAAUCAGUUGUCGAGUGAACAAUAUCUCUUCAGCUCAAACCAAACUUUUUAAUACAAAACAUUUGAAAAUGUUUGCCAGUGAAGUUACGAGACCUAAAGAUUCUAUAACAAUGGAAUCGGAGUUUAUUGAAAACCCUAUGGCCAGUGGAAUGAGGCUGCUAUCGUUUUCAAGGCCCAAACGACGGGCAUCAGAGUCUUCUGUUUCAAGUACUGACUCGUGGCUCAGCCGUGGCUCAACGAUCCCAAGUUCAAGUUUAUCUGACUGUUUUUCCGUUCUUGGACUUCCAUUAGAGCUAGAACUAUCAAUUAUGGGCACGGUUGAUCAGUCAAUUCUGGAGAGAGCACGUGUAGCGCAGGACAAACGAAGCAGAGGUUGCAGUUCAAGGUCUUUACCAUCGUCUCGGCAAAAUUCGCGCACGAGAUUAUUGAACUUCUGUACUGUAGAAGACGACGAAACUCGUGUAGAUGAUAAAGGUUUUCUGUCUACAACGUUGUGCUCCACUGAACUGUAAAUAUUACAAACAGUGAACUGAGAUUGUGCAAAUGCAAAACCACGCGUGUCUCGACGGCUACGGAUCCGACAAGUGUAUGGUACUGAAAACGAAUUUGGAUUGCGUCAAUGACUUAAUUUUAUCAUUGUAACCAGAGACCAUCUAAAUGAACUGUUGUUGUAUUUGGAGCGCCUAUCUGUGAACAUUUGUCAACCCGAGUUGGCAUCCAUAGACCUUACAAUCGCCUUACAUGCAAGUGAAUAGCCUCCAAGAAAAUCGCAAACGCUGUAGUGUAGCAAGUUAAUUGAAUAUUCUGAAGACUAUAAUACAUAAAUAAUGAACAACACUGUCAUAAUAUUAGAGCCUUUGAACAAUAUAUUGAACUUUGUCGUUUAAUCUCUUAAAGCUUGUUAAUUAAGUGUUGUAAGUUAAAUUUUGGUCAAACUUAGGCUACUAUUUGCGUUUGGUACAGUAUGAUAUAGAAAAUUGCGCAAAUUCUGAGUUGAAAACGACCGUUGUCUAGCUACCAAGUUCCCAGCAAAAGUAAAAAAUAUUUCAAACAGCAUUAAUUUGGGUAAGCCAUUCACUGAUAUAGCUUCCAUGAUACUAAUCAUGUGCGAUCAGUAUUAUUGUAUCUAAUCAAAUUGAAUACCCAUGCGGCAAGGAGCGACAUAUAAUCGAAGGCUUUAAUUUAUACUCAAAUAUCAGAUGUAAAAUAACACUAUAAUUGUACAGUUUAUUUAUAUUUAAUAUAUGUAAUACAUAUAAUAUAACGUUAUAUAUCUAUAAUAGAUAUAGUUAUGUGCAUAAUAUCUGUUUAAAUUCAAACUCACUGAAAUACAUGCAAUAGCACAG